GAUAAUUUGGUUUCACUAUGCAGGAAAAGGCACAUGAGAACGCCCAAAGCACCGCCAAGAUUGUGACAGGAACAGGAACUGCGACGGCCGUUGGCUUCAUAUCUGGGGGAGUGUAUGGGCUAUCCGUCCGUGGCAUAAACCCAAUCCUGACAGCCGCAUCCAUGGGUUUGAAUUUCGGUAUCGUUGGUCUGGGAUUCUUUUGUGUCAGAGAAUGGCUAGUGAGCCCGAUACUUGUGUCUACCCUGGGUUGGGAAGAGUAUGCGCGUCGGGGCCACUCCACUACCUCAGGUCACCUGUCACCGCCGCCUUCUCCUAGCCUCCGUAAAAUGAGGACCGAGGGUCUCCUAGAUACCGCUCUUGCUGGGGCCUGUACAGGGGCUGCCCUGAACAGCAUGCGACGCGGGAUCCGAGGGCUUAUCCCCGGCGCAGUUACUGUUUCACUGGCUUUCUCGGGCGUCCAAUAUGUGACAAAUAGUCUCCAUAUUGCGAGACUGCAAUAUCUCGCCGUCAAAAAGGACGAAACAGCUAAUGCUGUCGCGUCUUCUCCAGAUGAAAUCAGACAAUCAGCCCUUAGCACGCCCGCCACACCCCCUUCACCAGCUCCCACAUUGACUCAGAGUGUACUUGACAAGCUUAGAUCAUUUUCACCCGUCAAAAGGCUCACACCCGAGGAAUUUGAUGCACUGAAGGAGCGUAGAACACAAGAUAAGGCAGAAAAGGAAGGCUCACGGCCCGUGAAACCAGAAAGAUAAUAUCGAGGGGAAAGCAGUGAGAUUACAGGUUGAUGUGUAUUUAGGGGGUUAUACCAAGCAUGUAUUCAGAUCUAACGGAAUUCCCGAACAAAGCCCAGAACGCCCAAUGCUUUGCUUG